AUGGUUGAAGUGAAGAGAACUGUCAGAGUGACGACUACACAACAGAUCCUCAAGGAUAUUCCUCCCGUGCAGGAAGGGUUCCCGAUGAGAGAAUGGGCCAUCCAGAUCUCCCUUGUGGACGACAAGGGCGUGGAACAGCCGGCGACCUUGUUCGAGAAGGUGACGUACCAUUUGCAUCCCACAUUUGCGAACCCGGUGCGUUCGUUUAAGAAACCACCGUUCAGGAUCGAAGAGCAAGGAUGGGGCGGGUUCGACAUUCCCAUCACACUGACUGUGAUGGAGAAGGGCGGCGAGAAGAAAAUUAACCACGACCUCAAUUUCAUGAAGGAGAAGUACGUUAUCGACACGCCAAUCACGAUCAACACCAACAAGCCUGCGCUGCUGAGCGAGCUUGCCAAGACAGGGUAUGUUCCGAGCGCGAACGAGGCGUCUGCGACGCCGGGGGCUGCGACUUCAGGCGCGACGCCUGCUUCAGGUCAGGCAGCGGGCGCGGCGGCAGCAGCGAAGAGAAAGGCCGGCACGGGCGCAGCCACCAAGGGCGGCGUCGAUCUUGAGCAACUGGCAGACUACCUCACGAAGCUGUCCGAGGACGAUCUUCUUGGCGUGGUGCAGAUGAUCAACGAUAAUAAGACGCCCGAGAUGAGCGUCAAGAACGACGUGGAGAACGGCGAGUUCACCAUGGACCUGUUCACGCUGCCAGACACGUUGCUCAAGAGUCUUUGGGACUACGUCAAAAAGCGGGCAGAGUAG